AUGCCUGGAGUCUCCCCAGGCUACGGUCAACCGCAGUCCGCCGCCGGUCCCAUCAACCUCUCGGGCCUCGUCUGCAAUGUGCGCCGCACCACCGGCCGAGAGCCACACCCCCUGGUCGGGGCUACCACCACCAUCCUCGGCGAUCGCCUCUACGUCUUUGGCGGACGCGUCCUCUCCAAGAGUCGCCCGCAGUUGACGUCGGAUAUCUACGAGCUGGACUUGAUCCGCCGUCACUGGUCCAAGAUUGACGCCUCCGGCGACAUCCCCCGCCCCCGAUACUUUCACAGCAUGUGUGCGCUGGGCGACAACAAACUGGUCUGCUACGGCGGCAUGUCCCCCGCCCCCAGUCCGCCCGCGGAGGCGAUCCCCGCCGGCCAGGACGCCCAGCCCGAGGUCGUCGUCAUGUCCGACAUUCACAUCUUCGAUGUCCCCUCCCGCGCCUGGAUCCGUGUGCCGGCCACCGAUUCGCCGCAGGGUCGAUACGCCCACUGCGCCACCGUCUUGCCCUCCACCGCCCACUUCACCUCCGCCAGCGCCCCCUUGUCUGCCAUCCAGCAUAACCCCGCCUCGGCGAACCCCCACCAGGGCUCCAUCGGCGUCGACAUCGAUGGCUUCGGCGGCGCCGAGAUGGUCGUCGUCGGCGGCCAGGACAGCACCAACCACUACAUCGAGCAGAUCAGCGUCUUCAACCUGCGCAGCCUGAAGUGGACCGUCACCACCUCGCUGGGCCGCAGCUGCGGCGCCUACCGCAGCGUCGUCGCCCCGCUCGUCGGCAUGAAGGUCUCCGACAUCGGCUCCGCCGCCGCCGACCGCGAGACGUCCGAUCCGUCGCCGGAGGACGACACCGACGCCGAGGGCUGUCCCAUGCUGAUCUACUCCAACUACAACUUCCUCGAUGUCAAGCUCGAGCUCCAGGUGCGCCUGCCGGACGGCCGGCUGGUCGAGAAACCCAUGCAGACCCACACAUCGCCCCCUGGGCUGCGCUUCCCCAGCGGCGGCGUCAUCAACGGGCACUUCGUCGUGAGCGGCACCUAUCUCACCUCCUCCAAGCAGGAGUACGCCCUCUGGGCGCUGGACCUGAGGACCCUCACCUGGGGCCGCAUCGACGCCGGCGGCUCGGUCUUCGGCCAGGGCAGCUGGAACCGCGGCGUGCUGUGGCCGCGCCGCAACACCUACGUCAUCCUCGGCCACCGCAAACGCAGCCUCGUCGAGGACUACAACCACCGCCGCAUCAACUUCUCCCACACCUGCCUCGUCGAGCUGGAGGCCUACGGGCUGUACAACAACCCCUGCCGCACCGCCCCGACCAGCGGUUACAUCUCGCACAGCGCGCCGGCGGUACCCGCGUCGCUGCAGCGGAAGCUGGCCCAACUGACCUCGGGCGGCCGCCCCUUCUCCGGCGGAUCCGACGAGCUCGGCCAGCUGGCCCAGAGCCUACCUGAGCUGGCCGACAUGGAGCUGCAGGCCAUCGGCGGCGAGCGCAUCCCCGUCAACUCGCGCAUCCUGACGCGCCGGUGGGGGCCCUACUUCAUCCAGCUCCUCCGGGCGUCGUGCGACAGCGGCGCCUCCGACGCGGCCACGCUCCGCCCCGCGCUCCACAUGUACCCCAACCGCAACUCCAGCAUCACCAUCACGCCGUCGAUCGGCCAGAACAGCAGCUACUCCACCGCCACCACCCUCGUCAGCCACCCCAACGCCCCCUCCGCCAAAUCCCUCCUCGCCAACCUCGAGAUCCCCUCCGCCCACUCCCUCCCGCCCACCUCCCGCCUGCGCGUCCUUUACCUGCCCCACACCGCCCUCACCCUCCAGGUCCUCGUUCACUACCUCUACACCUCGUCCCUGCCGCCACCGGGCUCCGCGCUCUGCACGCCCCAGAUCCUCUGCUCCCUCCUCCAGCUCGCGCGCCCCUACCAGGUCGACGGCCUGCUCGAAGUCACCGUCGAGCGCCUGCACCAGGUCCUCGACGGCCGCAACGCCGCCGCCGUCUUCAACGCCGCCGCCAUGGCCGCCGGCGGCGGCCGCGGCACGGGCUUCAUCAGCGGGCCCGGCGGCACGCUCGAAGCCCUCAACGACGCGCACGCCGCCCGCGACUCCGCGACAGGCGGGCGUAACACCACCGGCCCCGCCACCCACACCUCCAGCCAAAGCCGCUUGACCUCCGACUCCUCGGACACCGAACACGGCACCGCCUCCGGCGUCUCCGCCGCCAGCAGCGCCAGCGGCACCUCCGGCUCCCGCGGCAUCCCCCUCCGCAUCAACACCAACAUCUUCUCCCGGCGCCGCGGCACAGCCACCACCACCACCACCACCACCACCGCGGCCAACACCGCCACCACCCCCGCCGACCGCGACCGCGAAGACUCCAUCAGCAACGCCAGCACCUCCACCUCAGCCUCCACCAACACCAGCUUCGACCACUCCGACUCCGACAUCGGCGGCGACGAGCACCACAUGCCGCGCCACAGCCACGCGCGCUCCCGCCGCGACACGGACGCGGCGAUGCGUCCCGAGCGCGAGAUCUGGACAGCCGACCUCAGCAGCGUUAUUGGAUUGCAGAAGCGCGGCCUCCGCGGUCUCAUGGAGGGUCGUCGUUUGCGCGAACGCAGCUCGAAGCCGGGAAGUACCGGCGGGCCGAUGGCUCUCCCUGUGGAUGGCGCGAGUAGUAGUUUGGGCCACAAUGGGAGUAAUGGGGGGUUGACUCCUGGGGGGGUUGUCGUGUUAUGA